AUGAAGUGGAAUAUCUACUUUGCUCUAAUUUUGCAUUUCGGAUGUCUCGAAAAAUCUGUUGCCACAGGACCUGCUAUCGCAAACUUUUUGAAUAGAUUGGGUCCCACUGGAAAUCAGUCACUUGGAGAUUACAUAGAUUUUUCCGAAUUUUUAGGAUUGGAUUAUGGAGAUCGAAACCCUCCGUUGAGAAAGUCCUACGAUUUCAUAGUUGUAGGCGCUGGUCCUGCAGGAUGCGCACUUGCCAACAGUUUAUCGAAAAAUCCAGAUAUCACAGUGCUGUUGCUUGAACUCGGAAGAGCUGAAAUACCUAUUACUCAGGAUGUUCCUGCCACUGGUCUGGCGCAAUCCUCAACGGCUUAUAAUUUCGGCUACCUUACUAGUCAACAGACUGGAGGUUGUUUAGGGCUAAUUGAUCAACGUUGUGCCUUUCAUCAUGGAAGAGGGCUAGGAGGGUCAACAAUUAUCAACAGUAUGAUCUACAGCCGAGGCAACUGGAGAGAUUUUGACGCUUGGAAUGCAUCUGGAAAUCCUGGAUGGAGCUGGAAGGAAGUUUUGCCAUAUUUCAUCAAAGCAGAGGAUGCAAACUUACGUGAUUUUGAAGGUAACGGAUUUCAUGGCACCAGCGGAUAUUUGGCAGUUGAAAAUGCAGCAGCAUCAACCUCUAUAGGCCCAGCAAUGUUGGAAGCAGCUCAGCAAUUUGGUAUACCUUACAGUGAUUACAACAGUGGAAAUCAACUUGGAACUUCAUUUACCCAGUUUAACACCAAAAGGGGAGUACGUUGGUCUGCUGCGAGAGCAUUAUUGAAUCCUAUAAGGCACCGUAAAAACCUUCACAUCCUAACAAAAGCAUGGGUUACGAAAGUUCUCAUUGACGAAAGCUCCAACACAGCUUAUGGUGUUGAAUAUGCCAGAAACAAAGAGCGUUUUAGAGUGAGAGCAAAACGAGAAGUGAUAUUAUCAGCUGGUGCAUUCGGUAGUGCAAAAUUGUUGAUGUUGUCCGGCGUUGGACCAAAAGACCAUCUUGAAAGGCUUGGAAUUAAAAUGAUCAAAAAACUUCCUGUUGGUGAAUCCCUCUACGAGCAUCCUGGUGUAAUAGGCCCCCUAUUUGUGGUGAACAAACCAAAAGACGAUAUCUUCAAUGUCGAUUCUGUCAUAAGUUUGCAAAAUGCAGCUGCUUACCUGGUCGGCAGAGGAUUAUUCACUACACCGUACACUGAUACUCUGACAUAUGUGAAAACUCCAUUUUCUCCCUAUCCCGAUCCCGAAUAUUCUGACGUUGAAUUGAUUCAAGUGGGGCUUCAAGCCGGUGACGAUCCAUCUCCUUCACCCCAAAUUUUCUUCCGCAUCAAUGAUACCCUUAUGAAUGAAUACUUCCGGCCUCUGUACGAUGUUCGAGCAUUCAUGGUCGUACCAUUGCUGAUGCAUUCCAGAACUAAAGGAUCGAUGACCCUGAAAUCUACCGACCCUUUUGCGCAUCCCGUUUUCAACUACAAUUACUUUGAAGAUGAGCGUGAUUUGGAAGCCUUGGUUUACGGCAUUAAAACCGCUAUCGCUAUCGGCACUCAACCAGCAUUCCAAGAGAUGGGAGUCGAACUGUACCGGAAAAAGCUUCCAGGAUGUGAAUCUUUCGUAUUCAAUACAGACGAUUACUGGCGAUGCUACACAAGGGUCGUAACAACUACAUUUUAUCAUUAUGUUGCUACAUGUAAAAUGGGUCCUGUAUCCGAUCCGACCUCGGUUGUUGAUGCCCGGUUGCGGGUGCAUGGUAUGAAAAAUUUACGGGUCGUUGAUACCGGGAUUAUUCCACGACCACCGUCCGCGCAUUUGGUAGCCAUUGCUUACAUGAUCGGAGAUAAGGGAUCCGACAUGAUUAAAGAAGAUAACGGAAUAUGGUAACAGUUUUCCUGUUGCUGACCAUUCUGUUUAGUUGAGGCUAGAUUUAUGUAGGUACAUUUUUUUUUUAAUUUCACUUCGUUUUCAGUCACAACCUAUAGGUAGUAGCCAGAAUUUUUAAUGCAGCAGAAAAUAUUGGAAACAUUCAUUCAUUAGACAUUAAACUAGGAGCGGUUAUCAAAAAUUAAUAAUAACUCAAGAACAUGAUGAUGUCAUGAUUCAACUGCUAUUUUUUAUUUGAUUGUAGGUGCUCAUAUGAUCAUCAUACUUUACUGAUGAAAAAAAAUGAUUGAGAGUUCAUGGUUUUAACUUUGUAAUUGUUCGUGGUACCGUAAAACGGGGUAACAUCAAUCACCGGGUUAACUUUAAUCAACAUGAAAUUUUUUCACAUAAUAAUCAAUA